UUGAACCAGAUGAACGCCAUGUCAACAAUAUUAGGCCUACUGCAUCGACAUCUGUUGACAAAUCGACGGCGCCCAUAGUCGUGCCUGUGAGUCGUCUGGGGAAACCAUGAGCAUUUUUGCAUCAUUCUUUCGGCUCGAUUCCUCUUUUUAAUUUCAGUUGAUGACUUCAUAUGCCGUGGUCGUGAUAUCAUCUAUGAAAAUCCAAGCCUUAAUAAGCGAACUUUUAGUCUAAGGACUAAUGCACCACGAGGAACUGAUACAUGUACAUUUUCGCGUCAUCGUUACAAUCUACUAGAAAUAAGGUGUCAAAGACACAUAUACCAGCGUUUUAAACAUCUGUUGAAAUUUUAGACUAGGUCAGAGGUAUAUUAGCAAAAGAUGGAAAUAGUAGAUUAUGUGACUGGUCUAGACGUCAAGACAGUAGCCGUUGCCAGCCUGGCAUUUCUUCUAGCUAUGGUAUAUCUAAGACGGAGGAAGGGAAAUCUACCACCUGGACCCAUGCAAGUGCCUUUUCUUGGAAGCAUUUUUGCUCUCAAUAAGGAUGUUAGACUGUUCAAGGUGUGUGAAGAACUGGCAAAAACAUAUGGUGAAAUGACAACAAUUAGCUUAGGGUUGGUACUGGAUAAGCUUGUCAUUUUGAACUCUGCAGAUGUGGUUCAUGAAGCCUUGGUAGAGAAGAAAGAAAUAAUGGCAGGAAGAGACACAACUAUUUGGUCAUUUGGCUACAUCUCUGAAGGGUUUAAAGAUAUAGCAGUUGGUGACUUUGGUCCAACAUGGAAGCUUCAAAGAAAAUUGGCACUUAAAGCUAUCAGGACAUACACCAUGGGGACUAAGUUGGAGCAACUAUUGAAGUCCUCCUACAGUGAUGUGGCAGCUUUAUUGGAGAAAGAGAAAGAACCUUUUUACUUGGGGGAGUACAUCCAUUUAAUGUUGUACAACAUUAUCUGCAGAAUGGCAUUUGGGAAAAGCUACAAAAUUGAUGACCCCGAGUUUCUUCAGUGGAGAAAAUUACUAAC